AUGUAUUGGAAGCUGCUCGUAGUAACCCUCACUCUUGCUUUAGUCAUCUCUGUCGCGCCGGUCGGCGGGCCUGGAGGUGCACCUCCACCCCCAGUGACAGACGAUACUGUCUCAGGUAGUGACCCUCGCCCAACGCGCACUGGUGUUUAG